GUGAGUUCCUAUGACGUGGUGCAAUGCAUCUUCCGUGUGGAUUGCUCAAGUGCUCGAUUUGGUUUGGGUCAGGGAAACGGUCUCGCUAAUGCGUUUAAAGGUGACGGGUUCAGGUACAAGGGAAUACAACGUUGUCGAACGAAGAGACCGGCACGCGAAGUUGAUGUCAAAGUUGUGUGUGACAUGGCUUGCCUUGAUGUGCUGUUAAAUGCCGCUACGAUUGCAUAA